UCUCAGGAAGACAAAGUGAAGAAGGCUUUGUCAAGCGAAAUUAUGAAGAUAAAAGCUUUCAGGUAGCGACACGGAAAGCGAACACCUGGGGGCAACAUUUCUGCCUUGCUUCUCCGUCUUCAAUUGAGAACUGAGAAGGGCCAUUAUUAUAUUUACAGUUGCUGGCAGCAUAUAGAUCUGCAAGAGCCGAAAUUGCUUUUCUGAUCUCAAAAGUUCAGAAAGCCAGUAUGGAUUCUGAUUCAGAGACAGUGGUGCACACUGGAGGGUGCCAUUGCCAGAGUGUGAGGUGGAAAGCGGUAGCUUCUUCUAGUGUUGUGGCAUGGGAUUGUAAUUGUUCUGCCUGCUACAUGAGAGCCAAUACACACUUCGUCGUGCCAGCUGAAAGAUUUGAGCUUUUGGGGGAUUCAGAGAAGUUCCUCACAACUUACACCUUUGGCACUCACACUGCAAAGCAUACAUUCUGCAAGGUCUGUGGUAUCACCUCAUUCUAUUACCCACGCUCAAACCCAGAUGGGGUUGCUGUUUCAUUCAGGUGUGUUGACCCUGGCACGCUCAAGGGUGUUGAAAUCAGGCGUUUUGAUGGAAGGAAUUGGGAAAACUCAUAUCGUCAAACUGGUAUCUCUUCGUGUUCAAAGGUGCAGAAGUAACUCCUUGUUACUCAAUCAGUUGUGGAUUGUUUCUAUUCCAUGUUACUGCCAAGAUUUUGUAUGUAUGGCUGUGACAAAAAUAAAAAAAAAAUCUCUUAGGGUCGGUCAAGGGUGUAGGAGUAUCUAUCCUAGUCUGAGAAUCUUCCCCUUCCUUCGCACACAUUUGCUACCUUUUCAGUUUAGCAUCUUGACGAGGAUUGUGUUCACAAACAAGAUUCCCUCACUCAUUUGAUUGGUGAAAAUUUUUUCAGAAUCCUUGUAAUUCCAUGGAUACGUUGGUCCAAGUUCACAACAUAUCCUUUCAGCGCUUUA